UCGCCGUGUGUGGUUUCUGAUACCCAAACAGGUUUAUUCUUGCGGCUCACAGGCCUUGUCAAAUACUCACAAAGAACCCUCGUUCGUCGCUGAUAACUAUAUGCUUCUUUGAUUGGCUAUACCCCGACUUCGACCCUUGACCGUUGUUACUUAAAUCGUACCUUAUCGGCGAAAACAGCUGACGAUCCACAUCAUGGUUUUCAACCACUAUUCCCCUCUCAGUCGAACGUCCAUCUCCGAUCUCAGACUUCAUCGACCCCUCACUUCAUAUGUCGGCUCAUGAAACUCGAACGAACAGUAAACACUAUGUCUGAUGUUAAAGAUACAUCGGUGACGGCGCCACCAACUGAUACUGAGAAGGCAGCAGAGUAUCCAUCUAACCAGAUCGGUAUUGAAUCCAUGCGCAAACAUGUUGACAGCAACGAUCCGGACGAAGCCUUGAAACUCGUCAGUGGAGAAGCCAUCGUUCUAACACCGGAAGACGAGAAGCAAUUGCUGAGAAAGAUUGAUCUCCAUUUGAUGCCCCUACUCUGUGUUAUCUAUGGGUUGAAUUACUUGGACAAGACUACUUUAUCAUACGCUUCCAUCAUGGGAAUUAAAACAGACCUCAACUUACAAGGUCAGGAUUACUCGUGGAUAGCGUCUAUAUUUUACUUCGGUUACCUCUUCUGGGAAUGGCCAACAAAUCGCCUCCUUCAACGACUACCGUUAGCAAAAUAUUCAGCUUUCAAUGUGAUAAUGUGGGGUUUAACCCUUUGCUGUCUAGCAGCCGUGAAAAACUUCGGUGGAGCGAUGGCGGUAAGGUUCUUCCUCGGUGCUUUUGAGGCAGCUGUUAGCCCCGGUUUCGCCCUUUUCACGUCCCAGUGGUAUACCAAAAAGGAGCAGGGCACGAGAGUAGGUUGGUGGUUCAGCUUCAACGGCUGGGGCCAGAUCGUAGGGGGCUGCGUAGCUUACGGUAUUGCCGUAGGCACUGAGGCUCAUCCUAUUUCGAUCAAGUCAUGGCAACUGGUCUUCCUCGUGACUGGUCUAUUUACGACAUUCAUGGGCUUCUUGUUCCUCUAUCUCAUGCCAGACAGUCAAUUGAAUGCCCGAUUCCUAACGCAACACGAACGCAUUAUGGCCGUCGAGCGUAUCCGUAUAAACCAGCAGGGAGUGGGAAACAAGCACUUCAAAUGGUACCAGUGCAAAGAAGCAUUCACAGACCCCAUGAUCUGGGCUUUUGUUCUCUUUAGCGUUAUUUCCGCGAUCCCUAAUGGCGGAAUGUCGAACUACUUUUCGCAACUCAUCGUUUCCUUUGGGUUCUCAGAGAACAUGUCUCUACUGCUAGGCGUUCCUGGCGGCGCCGUUCAGGUCAUCUCCCUCCUCGUUGCCGGUCAUUUUGGUGACCGGUUCAAGAACCGCAUACUAUUUGGUGCCGGCGGGGUCCUAGUUUCUGUGCUUGGCCUGUUCCUUAUACUUCUCGUACCGCUCAGUAAUAGUGCGGGCCGACUUGCAGGUUAUUAUCUAUACCAAUGUGUUUCGACCGGGUUUGUUGCCUUGCUUGGUCUGAUCUCAACGAAUGUGGCAGGUUGGACGAAGAAAACGACAGCUGCGGCGAUGUAUCUCAUUGCCUACUGCGUCGGCAAUAUUAUCGGGCCCCAAGUCUUCCAGUCGAAUGAUGCACCACGGUACCGCAAUGCGAACAUAGUCGUCCUUGUGUGUAUGUGUGUUUCCUUCGCUAUCUUGCUAUUCAUCAAUUUCUGGUGCAAGCGUGAGAAUAGAGUAAAAGCAGCUAUCCGCGCUACCCCUGGCUAUACAAAACUAGACGGACAGGAAUUUCUUGAUUUGACAGAUCGAGAGAACCCUGAGUUUAUCUACAGUUUAUGAGGUACAGAGGACCGGGAAGGGGCAUCAAAUUGAGGCUUAGAAUAUCAACAUUGCGAAUAUUUAGGUAGAAAUAUGCAUAUGCUGACCAGACAGGCAGGAGGAGUAUUGUGAGAUAACUGGUAAUAUACUGCAUAUACCUAGAUAGUUGUCCAAGUAGUCUCAAAGAAGGCUCAAAAUAUUACAAUUGCUUGAUAGUAGAGGUAACUUUCCAUUCUUAGAUACCUUUAUCUAGGCAAGUAAUGAGCUGGUUACUACUAUCAUGGGAUGUGCGUCUGGGUUCACUCCAAGAUCCCAUUUCUGAGUCAGAUAGGAUCCAUGGAUGCGUAACAUGUUAGUAACGACAUAGUUAAUUUCAACAUCUAUUUGACAACAUGAUCAGCUACAUGGCUUAUAAUCAAUGGAAUACAACCA